AUGGAUCCACUUCCUCGAGCACCUCAAUACCACCCUGAAGUUACCGUUGAUUUGACACUGAGAGUAUCUGACCUUAUGGAGCCUGCAUCAGGCAAUUGGGACUUGAGGAUCUUGCGCCAGUUGUUUGUAGAAGAAGAAAUUCCUCUGAUUAUGAGAAUCAAUACUCGUAGAGAUAAAGAUGAUACAAUAAGAUGGGGUUUCUCAAGAAACGGUAUCUACGAUUCGAAAAGCGGUUACAAACUUCUCGAAAACAUUUUGAAGGAUCAACAGAUAUGGGAGAAACGUCUGCAAGGACUGAUUAAGUGUAACGUGGGUUCUGUUUGGUCUGCACCUUCUGAGAAUGGUGGAGCUGCGUGGUUAACAAGAGAUUCUUCAGGUACAGCGUUAGCCCAUAGCAGACGUUCAGGUGUGGGUAUCAGAUCUCAGCUGGAAGCUGAUCUACUAGCUCUCGUUUGGUCAAUGGAAGCACUCAUUGAUCUCAAACAUAAGAAAGUCAUUAUUGAGAUUUCUUCAUCCCGGAUUCCAGCUGCUAUGUCAGUGUCUUCCAUCCCUUGGGACCUUCAUCCCCUUUUGAAAAGAUUAAAACGAGCUCUAGACAGGUUUGAUGAAUGUCAACUGGCCUUUGUUCAUCAAGGAAGCAAUACAGUUGCUGAUUCCAUUGCACGAAGUGUGGUUCAACAUCGACGUUAUCAAUCUUACAUUGCAAGGAACGGCCCGAAGUUGGUUGGACUCUCAAAUCCGCCUUGA